CUCCAGUUGGGUUUAGUUCCGAUUUACUGAUCUACGCUUGUGAUUCACGCCCCCGCCACAUACGAUUCAUUGGUGCAUGUUUCGGUGAUAGUGCUUUUGCUCUCUAUAAUAGUGAGAAGUGGUCCUUAUUCUACCACUACAUCAAUUAUGGAGCUGGGACGCUUGUGCUGCCCCCGUCAAUGGGCUCUGUGGUUGUUGUUCAUUUCAUAUUCUUGCGCGUUCUACGUACCUGGAUACUCGAUCAAACGUUACAAUGACGACGAAGCCAUUCCCCUUCUUGUGAACAAGAUAUUUUCCGAUAAUACGCAACUUCAGUAUGCCUACUAUGACCUGCCUUUUGUUUGUCCCCCGAGUGGAAGAAUGCAUGGUGGUUCGCCCUUCGGCUCUGGGCAGAGUAUCUCACUUAACCUGGGUGAAAUCUUGCGUGGUGAUCGCAUCAUGACCUCGGACUUCGAAUUGCAGAUGGGCAAGAAUGUCGAAUGUCAAGCCCUUUGCACUGCGGAAGUAGGACGCAAAGACGUCAAGUGGGCUCGCCAGCUUAUUAGAGACGGGUAUGUGGCAGAGUGGAUUGCGGACAACUUGCCUGGAGCAACUAGCUUUGUCACCGUCGACCGUAGUCGCAAGUAUUAUGCUACUGGGUUCAAGCUUGGAUUUCGGGACUUCUCACCCGUCGACGGGAAAGCACGGUACUAUAUUAAUAACCAUUUCACUAUCAUGAUCCGCUGGCGGUCGGCACCUGAGGGUGGCAAGUUGAUUGUUGGUUUCGAAGUUUAUCCGAAGAGUAUUCGCGCAGAGGACCAUGAGGAGAAUGGCUGUCCCAAGCAAGUACAUGAACACCACGAUGGACUUGAGCUAUAUAUCCCUCCAAACACAUCCAAGUUGCGCGAAAUGUAUCCCGGCUCAUCAUAUAUUCCAGAGGACGAUGGAGUUGACGACGGAGCUACACUUAAGAUUCCGUACACAUACUCUAUUUAUUUCAAGGAAGAUAACAGCAUUGAAUGGUCUAGCCGAUGGGAUCUCUAUUUCAGCAACCAGGACGAUAGUUCUAUGACACACUGGCUUGCGAUUCUCAAUUCUUUGACUAUCUCUGGUGUUCUUGGGGUGGCUGUAUACGUGAUUUGGGGCAGAACGGUACAGGGAGAUAUCAAGGGCCGAGGGGAUGGGGCAGUGGACGAAGCCAAAUUAAAGGCUCGAAGCGCAGCUAAAGCAAAGAAUAUUGAAAGGAAAGGGGACGGCCUCUUAGACCAAGGCCCGGAUCUUGAGCGAGAUGCAGACCUGUCUUCCGACGAUGAAACUCUCGAGGAUGUCAGUGGUUGGAAGCUUCUGCAUGGAGAUGUUUUCCGAGUGCCCGAGUACAGUGGUCUCCUUGCACCAAUUGUCGGCUCGGGUAUGCAGCUGUUGUUUAUGACCUCGGGUCUUCUCCUACUCAGCUGCCUGGGUGUUUUGAACCCUAGCUUCCGCGGUGGGUUCGUCAGUGUGGGCAUGGGUUUGUUUGUGUUCGCCGGCCUCUUCUCCGGCUACUUUUCGGCAAGGUUGUACAAGACAUUUGGCGGUACCAACUGGAGGAAGAAUACACUAAUAACUGCUCUUUUCAUUCCUGGCCUGACAUUUUGUCUCAUAUUCAUUCUGAACCUCUUCGUCUGGGCACAGGCAUCUAGCACGGCAAUUCCCUUUGGUACAUUAGUCAGUCUUCUUGCGCUCUGGUUGCUGAUUCAAGUUCCCUUGGUUUAUAUUGGUAGCUGGUAUGGCUUUGUGCGAACUGCUCCAUGGGAACAUCCAACCAAGACCAUGUCGAUUGCGCGUCAAAUCCCACCGCAACCCUGGUAUCUACACAACAUCUACGGGACCAUUUUGACAGGGUUGGCGCCGUUUGCUGUUCUGUUCAUCGAACUUUUGUUCGUGUUUAAAAAUUUGUGGCAGGAUAAGAGUGGCUACUACUAUGUGUUUGGCUUCUUAAGUUCCGUCUCGACUAUUCUAAUGAUCACGGUGAGCGAAGUGACCAUCAUCGCCACCUACAGUCAACUCUGCUCCGAGAACUAUCAUUGGUGGUGGCAGAGUUUCCUAACUGGCGCAAGCAGCUCAUUCUGGGUAUUUGCCUAUUGCAUUUGGUACUACUUCUUCCAUCUUCAUAUCACUGGGUUUGUUUCCAGUCUUCUCUUCUUUAGCUACAGCUUCCUGGCGUGUGCGGUGUACGGCCUGUUAACGGGGACCGUUGGGUUCUUGACGGCUUACGCGUUUAUCCGUCGGAUCUAUAGUGGAGUCAAAGUCGAUUAAUCGCUUUCAGGAACGAUAAGUCGACCGAUCGACAGGCUGUUCAUCUGUGACACAGCCUUAGCGUCGAGGUCAAUUCUUCACCCCCCUGGAGCUUAUGUGAAACGGCAUUUAAAGCAUGCAUUGCCUAUGCAAACCUCUUUUCAUCUCUGAUUUUUUUUAUUUCAAGAUAUCCACCAUCUCUAUAUGAAUUGGGUUGCGGUGCUAUUAGUGACUAGUCAUUUGGUCAAUGGCCUCCUGUACCUUACAUAUAUAUUUCCUGAAUUAGCGAAUCCAUACCAGAGUUUUAGAACAGCUUGAAGAGGAUCCUCAAAACUAAAUCUACUCUUGGUCUACUCUCCCUCGAUGCAGGACAAUCCAGUCAAUUUUCGUAAUUGAGAACCAUCAAAGUGUAACAUAAUCAAUCCUCAAAGGACAGUCAACAGCUUUCUCCCACAACCAGC